AUGAAUUACUGGAGAACACGAAAAUGCAUCAGCAAGCCAUCAGAAUGUCCUCUUAAAAGUCCAGCAUUCACUGGAUUGCAUGAGAAAGCUCCCCUGGGAUUGAUGGACACCCCCUUACUAGAUACUGAAGAAGAAGUGCAUUACUGCUUUCUGCCCCUAGACCUGGUUGAAAAAUACCCUUUGUUGGUCAAUGAUGACAAUUUGCUGUGGUUGUCUGACAACGCUGUGCUGAUAGAAUGUGAAGGAGGUGAAUUUCGCUUCAUAGCUAAUUUUCUUCGCUCAGAGAAGAUUCUUUUGCCUGAGAACUUCUCCAGCCUGGACGUUCUGGAAGCUGAAGCGGAGGCACUGGGAAUCCCCGAAGUCAUCGAAGCAGUAAAGAUCUGCAGGCGUAACCCUGGGGUCCACUCAGAGGGGACGUGUGAUCUUCAGAGCUCUGCGAAAAGCACAGUGCAAAAGCAGCUGUGUGGUCAAGAAGCUGCCCGGCUCCCUUUGUACCCGAUGACACUUGGCCUUCUCGUGAAAUACCCAGACUCAGCCCUGGGGCAGCUUCACAUGGAAAGUACCCUGGAUGGAAACAAGCUGUACAUUUCGGGGAAUGGUGUUCUCUUUCAGCAUGUUAGGAAUUGGUUGGGAACAUGCAAACUGCCACUUACCCAAAAUAUAUCUGAACUUCCCAAACUCUGUGCCUAUUUGGAUCAAAUGGACAUCACGUACGAGCCAAUGAAAGAUGCUUUAAAAAUGUAUCUGAAGCAAAAGGCACCCACAGACACAAUGGCAAAGGAUGCAGACUGGGCAGCGGCAAUAUCAGCCUUUUCACGCCACCAUAUUGUCAAAGUGUAUGUAGGAAAUCACUGGUAUGCAACUUACUUGCAAACAUUAUUAAAGUUUCCAGAGCUGCUGUUAAACUGCAAAAAGGUGUGUUGGAUCGCGUAUGGCCAGAGUCUCCUAAUCCAUGGAGAUGGACCGACAUUUCGACACGUCCUCAACUUUCUUCGGCUUGGCAAAUUGUUCUUACCUUCUGAAUUUAAAGAAUGGUCUCUUCUAUGUCAGGAGGUGAUGGAGUAUCAGAUCCCGGCUCUCGUGGAGGCCCUUAAUCAGUAUGACAUGUACAGACUGUGGGUGCAGCAGCAGCAAGCUCAAAGCGGAGGUAAGAGCCUGGAUGCUGCAGUGACAGAGAAGGGUGGUGAACCCAGUGAAGACCCUCAGGAGCACUCACAUAUUACCAUGGAUUUAAAGCAAGAAGCCAGUCACCGGAGUCCAAUGAGAGAUGCACCAGGCACGGAGGAGAGCAGCAGAGGGAAUGAGAAAUACACCCGUAUCUCCCCAGCCAAGGCAGCAAAGCGAAGGACUAGCUGGGAAGGACAUCGUCAGGCCACAGAUGGGUGGGCCAGUGCCUUCUGUUAUGGACUGUCAGGAAGCCCCCCGCGGAAAAGGGGCGCCAAGGGCAAUUUAACAAAGCCCCUGGAAAAGCAGGAUACUCCCAUCCAGAAGCUAAUUUCCCUGGUGCAGGGAUGGGACAUGGUGAACUGCAGGCGCUGUGAGGCCCAGCAGGUGCCUCUGCCCGGUGGUAUCACGGCAGAGGAGACCCCGGAAAGAUCUCCCUGUCGCCUGCCUCCAACCAGGUGCCUUGAGCUGGCCAGCCCCGAGCCCCCGAGCAGCAGCCCUGCUGCCCCAAGGCUGCCUGGCGGCCUGCUAGAAGCUGGCCAGGGCAUGCCGAGGGGCCCUGCUUCUGAGGACUGGCUUGAGAAGCCCGGCCGGCACGGCGCUUCAGAGGAGAUGUGCCCCGCGGGAGGAGCUCCUGCAAGGAAGGUCGUGUGUGGCCAGAGAGAGGGAGUGCAAGGAACAUGGUUGGAGCAAGCCAGCGCUAUGCUUGGGGAGCCCCACAGCAGCACGAGCCUGAUCCUUAAAGUUGAGCACCCUCCAGUUGUGGCUUGUGAUGGUUCCUGCACUGCUCAUCAGGGCAGCAUCCUCUACAGCACACGCCUGGAAGACGUGAAGCUCGCACAGCCAGUGACAAAUGAUAUCGUCUUUCUCAGCUUCCCGUUGUCACAAGAAGAGAUCUUUUAUGCUCGAAAGUGCCACUGUUUUCUCACUGAUGUCAUCUUGGAUUCCAUAAGGCAGAAAGACCCCAAAGAAACAACAGCCAAAGUUGAGCUGCUUGUGCGGAAGCUGUGGAGCCUGCAGAUCACGGCGAAGGAGUUUGUGGCCGACCUGCUGCAGACAGCACCUUUCAAAGCUGACACACCUGCUUGCGAUAAGCUGCUGAGAUGGGUUGAGUUUACGCUGCCAUUUGCCUGGAAGUACAGCUGCUGCAUGGACCUGCUGAUAAAAAGGGGAUACUUUAAAUCACUCUCUCAUUUUGUCAUAGGGAAAUAUUUACAGAAGUCUUAAUAA